AUGGGCAAAAGCAAAGAACAACCCAUCGACCUGGUCGAUGUCAUCUCCCAGACCUACAGCGAAUCCAAAAUCAUCGUCGUCGCCUGCCUCACCUCCUGGCUGCUCUGUCGUCUCAAUUUCGGCGCUGCCUGGCUCCUCCUCAUCCUCGCCUUCCUCCGAACCCAACACCAGCUCUCCCUCCGCCGCGCUGAACGCUCCAUCCGCGACGAACUCAUCCGCGGCCAGGCCGAAAAGACACUCCAAAAGGGCGAAUCGGUCGAAUGGAUCAACAGCGUGAUUGGCAAACUGUGGCAUCUCUACGAACCCCAAAUCUGCAACCAGAUCGUGCGCUACGUCAACCACGAACUAGGCGGGCAGGUGGACUCCAAGAAAGUCGUGAUUCACUCUCUGGCCCUGUUUGAACAGCCGUUACGCGUGCUCAAGAUAAAAGCCUACUCCAAGCCCAACUCACCCAACUUCAUCCUCGACGCCGAAUUCUGCCUCAAAAUCACUCCCCCCGACGACCACCGCGUCCAUCUCCUCGAAAUCGGCGCCCACGAACCCCUAAUCGACAUGGCCAUCGUGCACACCAACACAGACGACCACAAAGCGCACGAUCUGGCUGUCCAGGUGAAGAACUUCACCGGCACCGGCGUGGUGCGCUUCGAAAUCGACCUCGAAAGCCUCCACCCACACUUACUGCAACCGCACAUUGAGCUCGAGGAGAAGCCGAAGAUGGACUGCACCAUCCGCACCAUCAGCCACCACCACUUCCCCUUUCAUUUUGCGCAUCAUGUGGACUGGCGGCGGGUCGUGGAAAUGCAGAUCCGCGCGGGGCUGGGACGCGCAUUCCAUCAGCCGCUGCCCUUGCCGUUUGGCAUUUGGGGGGAGGGGAUGAUGGUCAAGAUUAUGAGGGGGAUGUGGCAUUUGCAGCAUUUGUCUUAGUAUUACCAGUAUAAUGAAUUAUGAAAUAUAUUAUGAAAUACUCUCCUAACUCCUGAGCUG